AUGUUGGCUAACCCAGCAGCUAAAGGACCGGUACUGGUCAAUGUGGUCAAGUAUAAACUGGAUCACAUGCGACGACGCAUUGAGACAGAUGAGCGAGACUCCACCAACCGCGCUUCCUUCCGGUGUCCCUGCUGCUUCUCCACCUUCACCGACCUCGAGGCCAACCAACUCUUUGACCCUAUGACAGGUACAUUUCGCUGUACCUUCUGCCAGACGGAGGUAGAAGAGGAUGAGUCCGUCUGUCCUGACGCCAGGACGCUCGUGGCGCGCUUCAACGAGCAGAUCGAGCCCAUCUACGUGCUGCUCCGUGAAACCGAGGAUGUGAACUUGUCCCAUGAACUGCUGGAGCCUGAGCCUGCUGAGAUUCCUGCUCUCAAACAGAGCCGAGAACGCGCUGCAGCAUCAGGAGCAGCGAGCGGCCCGCACCGCGAAGCCUGGUCAAACAAAGGAUCGACUUACGCUGAUCUGUACACCCAGAACGUGGUCAUCAACAUGGACCAGGAGGAGCAGCAGAAACAGGCCGGCGAUAGCAAGGCGCCAAAGGAGAGGCCGGUGUGGCUGACUCAGAGCACCGUACAGGGCGCUUACAACGAGCCGGACGUCCUCAAGAACCGUGGUGACGUACCUGGAGCCCAGGAUGGAGCACCUGGUCCUGGCACCGGUCAGGUAGAUGAAAACGAGGAAGUGAUGCGCGCGCUGCUAAUCCACGAGAAGAGGAGUGGUGCAGGCGCCGGUGCAGGUGGAGCAAGCGCCGCUGCGAGGGCUCUCACCUCUGCCAACGCCAGUGACUCAGACAGCGACACCAGCGAGUCGGACGAUGACUCGCCCCCGGGUCCUCCUCCUGCCGCGGCCGCGCAGCAUCGGGGCGAAGAGGAGGAUGAUGAGGACGACGAUGAAUUUGAGGAAGUGGGCGACGAGCCCACAGUGAUGGUGGGAGGCCGGCCCUUCUCGUACAGAGAGGUGAGCCAGAGGCCAGAGCUGGUGGAGCAGAUGUCUGCACAGGAGAAGGAGGCCUACAUCGAGAUGGGCCAGAACCUGUACCAGGACAUGUUCUUCUGAACCACAGUCGGUCACAGCGUGGGUGCACGCUGCAACAGUGGGCAUAUCUGUGCACACAGCUCGUUUUAAUCAUGCUGCUCAACAAGUAUUCAGCCUGCUUCAGCGUUCUUCGUUCCAUUAAUGAGGACGUACUCUGACAGUGUUGCCCCCCCCCGAGUAGUAUUCUGUCCCAAGUAUUUUUAAAGCACUGCCCUACAACCCUAGAAGGAGCUGCCUAGCUGCACAGUGCCAACUGUUUUGUCUUUAGUUUAAAUCUUGUUGCCCGUUUAAAUGUAUCAGGUGUUUUACUCAGUAAAUUUCAGCGCUCAGUUUCGUGGACGAGAAAAAUAGAUUUCUACAAACAAGCGUAUGCAGCAGUGAGCUUGUAAAGCUGGUAGAGGUGUGAGUGCUGGAGCUGCACACUGAUGGAGAACUGAAGAACCUGCGAGGACGAAGCAGCUGGCUUUACAUUCUGCGAUUUAUUUCUUUUUUUUGUCUGAAACAAGUUAACAGACGGGACGUUUAAAAACUGAUCUCAGCCAGACGGAGCAUGUGGCUAACAGUGAAACAUUGGUUCUUUGGAGCAGUCUGUAAUAAAAAGAUAUUGUGGUGAA